AUGACAAGUGACUGCUGCAAAUCCGGCUUCAAAUGGCACGCCACACCAACAGGAACCGAGUCCUCAUUCGCCGGCACCAAAACCUACGUCACCGGGACCUCUAAAUCCAUCGCCAUCCUUUACGUCCACGACAUCUUUGGCUGGACAUUCCCGAACGCAAGACUGCUGGCCGAUUACUACGCCGAAAACGCCAACGCCACGGUCUAUGUGCCUGAUUUAUACCCUACCAUCCUAAACUUCGCGACAGCGCUACGCAGCCAGUACCCCAAGGUCGCAGCAAUCGGGUUCUGCUACGGCGGAUGGGCGGUCUUUCGUCUCGGCGCGAACGGGCUAGGGUUAGUAGAUUGUAUAGCGACAGCGCAUCCGUCGCUGCUGGAGGACAGGGAGAUUGAAGCACUUGGUGUUCCGACGCAGAUUCUGGCGCCCGAACGUGACUUUGCGUUCACGGAGGAGUUGAAGGGGGUUUGUAAUAGGGUUAUUCCGGCGAAUGGGGUGCCGUAUGAGUAUGUUUAUUUUCCGGGGUUGGAGCAUGGGUUUGCGACGAGGGGGGAUCGCGAGGAUGAGGUGCAGAGGAGGGGGUUGGAGAGGGCGGCGAGGGCGGCUGUGGGGUGGUUUAAUGAGUGGUUGAGUUGA